GCGCAGGGGCGGGGCCGGGCGGGCAGGGAAGAUGGCGGAGGCGUCGCCGCAGCCGGGCCGGUUCUUCUGCCACUGCUGCUCGGCCGAGAUCGCCCCGCGCCUGCCCGACUACAUCUGCCCACGGUGUGAGUCUGGUUUUAUUGAAGAACUUCCCGAGGAGCCGAGGAACGCUGACAAUGAGACCAGCUCCUCUACGUCAGCCGCUGAUCAGAGCAGGCAUCCUUUCGAGAACGUGGAUCAGCACUUGUUCACCUUGCCCCAGGGCUAUGGCCAGUUCGCUUUCGGGUUCUUUGAUGACAGCUUUGAGUUUCCGUUUGGGUCCAAUGUGCAGCCGGAAGACAACCGGGACUCGGAGAACCGGCGGGAGCGCGAGCACCAGUCCCGGCACCGCUACGGCGCGAGGCAGCCCCGCGCCCGCCUGGCCACGCGCCGCGCCUCGGGCAGGCACGAGGGCGUCCCCACGCUGGAAGGAAUUAUCCAGCAGCUGGUCAAUGGAAUUAUUGCACCAACCACAAUUCCAAACCUAGGCCUGGGCCCUUGGGGAGUCCUGCACUCAAAUCCGAUGGACUACGCCUGGGGUGCCAACGGCCUGGAUGCGAUUAUCACACAGUUACUGAAUCAGUUUGAAAACACUGGACCACCGCCAGCGGACAAAGAGAAGAUCCAGGCCCUCCCCACCAUACAGAUCACACAGGAGCACGUAGAUUCCGGGUUGGAGUGCCCUGUGUGUAAGGAAGACUACACAGUCGGGGAAAACGUGCGGCAGUUACCGUGCAAUCACCUGUUCCACGACGGCUGCAUUGUCCCAUGGCUGGAGCAGCAUGACACGUGUCCCGUCUGCCGGAAAAGUUUAAGUGGACAAAACACUGCCACAAACCCCCCAGGACUCACAGGGAUGAACUUCUCGUCAUCCUCCUCCUCCUCCUCUUCCUCCAGCUCACCAAGUAAUGAAAACUCAUCGAACAACUCAUGAAUCUUAACACACCCUCUGUCCCUGGGGCCCCCUCCACUGUCCCCUCUCCCUCCCUGGCCACCACAAGCAGCCAAAGGGGCUUCCAGAGCAGAGCGAGGGGAAGGGGACAAGGGGGGAGCAGUGCCCCCAGAAUUCUCUUUUGAUUUCUGAAGACACGGAGACUCUGGGUCCUUCAGAGAUGAGAAGCCUCAAGUUCUGUGAUGAAAAAGGGGGGAAAGAGCUCUGUCUGUCAAUAAAAACAUCCUCUGUGCGUGGACUUUACCCGUUGCAGUGCGAGGCUGCCGCGCUCCCAGCUGGGAACCCCGAGGUGCUGAGCGAGUGGUUGAAUCCCAAAAGGAAAGGUUGUUUGUAUGGGUUUGAAUUUGAGAUCCCUUUCUUUUAUUUCUUUUGCUCCUCCUCCCCUUGGAUACUCUCUUUUCUGCUUUGGAGAUUGAAGUCUAAAAUGGAAGCGUAAGGAUGCUGCCUCCCCUCCAGGAUCUUCAGCUGGGGAGGACCAGUAGCUCUCACUGAAACAGGAACUCUCAAAUAGACCCCGGGAUCCUUCCCUGUCCCAUCUCGAGUCCCAUUUAUUUUUCUUUAUAACCUCGCCCGCUGAUACUCAACACUGAAAGGGUUUUUAUAAUCUUAAAUUAUUACUGCUGUCAAUAAAUGGACAUUUCAGCUCUGCGA